GCCUUCAGCUUUGAUGAACAGGCUAUAGAGGAACUAAAAAAUUAUAUGAUGACUCUAUAAAAUAAUGUGACGCCAGGUCAUUCUACUUCAGAGUGUUUCGAAUUUCUCUAUAUAAACCUCUUGACUGGCAAAGAAUUCUCAAAGUUAGGAGUCGCAGAACCGAUACAGCAAUUUUGUGCACCUCAUCAGCUUGAAUAUACAAGUAUCGACAUAAAUUUGAAUAUGAAGCAACAUACCGUGAUGACAGCGUGCAUUUUGCUAUGCCUCUUAGCGCUAGUUUCAGAAGCGCAUCCCCAAGGCCGACACGGCGAAAGGCGUAUCAACACCAUUCUCGAAAGGAUACAAAGAUCAGGAAUUUGCGAGGAGUACAACGCCGCAACGGAGGAAGAAAAAACUACAUGUUCUGAUGAGUUCGUCAAUGGUCUCCUGCCUCGUCGUUCACCCGCAGACAUCGUCGCUUCCAUUUGUCUGGAAGGUGGUGUGACGGCCACGUCUGCUUGCGUAAUUCUGGACAUCGUGUGCGCCACGGAUACUACAGGAACUUCAACAUUGGAAACCUGCCCCCGCUCUCAAGCGCAUCCCCAAGGCCGACACGGCGAAAGGCGUAUCAACACCAUUCUCGGAAGGAUACAAAGAUCAGGAAUUUGCGAGGAGUACAACGCCGCAACGGAGGAAGAAAAAACUACAUGUUCUGAUGAGUUCGUCAAUGGUCUCCUGCCUCGUCGUUUACCCGCAGACAUCGUCGCUUCCAUUUGUCUGGAAGGUGGUGUGACGGCCACGUCUGCUUGCGUAAUUCUGGACAUCGUGUGCGACACGGAUAUUACAGGAACUUCAAGUUCAACAUUGGAGUUGUGCCCCCGCACUCAAGGCAAUCGAAAAAGGCGUGACGAUGACAACGAAGAAGAGAGUGGUCAAGAGAGUAGUCAAGAGAGUGGUGAAGAUGAGGCUGACGUUGAUGCAGCUGAAGGGGGUACAGGUACUGGUGCCGAUGGUAUCCCUGGAACCGCUGCAGGUGUAACCGAUAGCGCUGCGGCUGAUGCACCAGGUGCCGCUGCUACCCCGGCUGGUACACCGGCUGGUACCCCGGGUGGAACAGCGGCUGGUACCCCGGCUGCGACCCCGGCUGGAACAGCGGCUGGUACCCCGGCUGCGACCCCGUUCCUAACCCUUGAACUCUAUGUCCUUAAUUCGUGAGAUUAUAAACGCUUUUCAUAAUAAUGUCCAUUUUUCAUGUUAUACAUUUUCUUCUUAUGUAAACGGUACUUUCAGCUAGGCCUAUACUUCUCCAAUCCUUAGCAUAAUCUGUAGAAUGAAUGGAUGGGCUCAAUGAGCUCAAGUACUUCACUUUAAACUCAUAUUUACUAAAUGAACUGUCACUCAUAUCUAGACCCCAUGUUAUCAGUUAUUGAGCAACCCACACCCACUUAUAUAAUUGUUCCAUGACACCUGCACUUUAACGAUUUCACUGCAUGGGUUAUGGUUUGUAAGAAUGGAGUCAUGUUGACGAUGAAAGCUCCCCAAUUCCUUUGAACAGGUUGCUCUUAUUUUUUAUAUCACGAAGAGUAAGAUGCAAACAAUAUUUAUAACAGUAUUUAUAUCAGAGACAUUUUCUUCGUUGAUUAAUUUCUCUUACCAAUGUAGAUGUAUUUCAUUAGUCAUCAAGAUCACAUCAGCCACUGCCAUUCAUGUUGUUCUAAUUUGUACUGUCUCAAUUUGUUAAUUAUGAAAAGCGGAAGGUAUUCGUGUAGCCUAUAUAAAGCGUAAAAUGGAAAUUGGAAAUAAAAUCGUUUUGUAAAAUAU